AUGGCUGACGUGCUCCACAUUCUCCUCCCACGGGAGGAGACAGGACAGUCAUACUUCUCCCACGGAGGUAAACGGGGUCUGUCCAUCAGCGUUGUCUUCACCAGCCUGGCAACGAUCUUUGUUACUGCCCGCAUCUACACACGCACUCGGUUGAUGAAACGCAUGGAGCCGAAUGACUGGAUGAUCCUGAUUGCCCUGACCUUCUCGUACGUCUUCAUGGGCUUCUUCAUCGUCGAAUCCCUGAAUGGCAUGGGCAUGCACGGCGCCGACAUUCCACCGCCAGUCAUGCUGAAGCAGAUGAAGGCAUUCUGGCUUACCAUUCCGUUCUACAACGCGGCCCUGCUCUGCGCAAAGGCCUCCAUCCUUAUGCAGUACUUCCGCGUGUUCCCCACGAAGCGUAUGCGCGUCGUGUGCUGGGUGCUGAUCGGCGUGCUGGCCACCUACGGGUCCUGGGCCGUCCUGAGCGCCUUUCUCAACUGCAUCCCCGUCGCCAAGUUCUGGAACCCCACGCUCCCGGGCUACUGUAUCAACCAGAAGGGGCUGUGGUUCUCGAACGCAUCCAUGCAUAUCUUCACCGACCUCGCCAUUCUGAUCAUCCCCAUCCCGGCCCUGCACGCCCUCGAGCUGCCCAAGCGGCAGAAGAUCGCCCUGAUCUCGAUAUUCGCGCUCGGCGGAUUUUGA